UGCGAUCCCUUGGGACCGUCUCCACUGCCCAGGAGAUCGAAUUGAGACAGGAGAGACGGUACCACGCAUGGAGCGAAAACCCUUGCCGCCUGCUGGCUCAGAUGCGGGUCCGGCAACGCCUGCUGGGCCUAGCAUCACCCCAGCGGCGCGGCGCUCGACAGCGACGGCACCGAGAGCUGCAGCAGACCGACCAGAACAACGGCGGCAGUCAUCAUCAUCAUCGGCUACACGACGGACCAUGCAAGGCAGAUGGAGAGAGAGACGCGGCUCGCCGACGUUGGCGGGGGGCGUUGCCACCGGCAGGAGUGCCGACCCUCGCCAGCGAACGGGCUCGGCGGGGGACGACAGGGAACUCCGUCGAAGGAAGGGCUUGAGAGGUGCUGCUGCAGGAGGAUCAGGUACUGCCAAUAUCAGUGCCAGUGCUGAGGGCAGCGGAGACGAGCGGGAGCUUGCGAUGCUCCACUUCCAGGACGUUCGGGAGGAGCUGGAGCUGAGUGGGCACAACCUGACGUCGGUGCUGAACAACCCUCGGGAGACGUUCAUGGACUCGCUGUACGAGGCCGCGUUCGAGGCGGAGCCGCCGCUACCGGACCUGGAGGUUGUGCGGGCUAACGUGCCGCACGGGAUAAGGGAGAUCACGCCGCAGGAACGAGUGGGAGCCGCGUGGCGAGAGGGAGGAGCCCGCACUCAUACGGCAAGCGCGUACGGGCUCGGACUUCGUCGAUUUCGGAACGGGGGUAGCACGGGUAACGCGGACGGAGGUAAGGAGGCGACUACCGCGGCGGCGGCGGCGGUCGCUUCGGCUGCCAACGGCGGCGGCGCUAAUGGCGGCAAGGCGGGGAGCGAGCGCGAUCUCGGCGGGGCGGGGAGCGUCAGCCAGUGCUUCGAGCAAGUGCCGAGCAUGUUUUUUGACAAGGAGUUCACCUUGCAGGACCCCGCGGUGUUCGAGUCGGCGGUGAUGGCGGCGGGGGCGGAGCAGCCGGAGCGCCUGGCGCACUUCCUCGACCUCGUGGAGGUCUGCUUGCUCAAACAGAUAUCCCAUCGGUCCGACGCCUUCUUUGAGGGGCUGAAAACCAGCCAGGAUCUUCAGACGCAUGUCACCGGCGCUUGCACGACACUCUACCAGCUCAGAGAAUCGAUGCGUUGCAUGGAGAAGGACGUACUCGCGGGACCGAUGCGCGUACCCCAGCUCCAGAGGCGCAGGAGCAACCUGUCGUCUCUCGAGGCUACGCUGGAGCUUGUCGCCCGGGUGCAGCAGUCUCAGGCGGCUAUCGAGGGACUUCUAGCAGCGGAGGACUACCUGGGGGCGCUGGACAUCCUGCAGUCGGCCAAGAGCACCGUCAAGAACGAGCUGGGGAAGCUGCACAGCCUCAGGAACGUCGGCCGGCAGCUCAAGGAGUACGAGGAGCUGGUAUCCGGCCUCCUCAGCAACCGCUUUGUGGCGCUGGCGGUAACCAUCCCCGUCGACGUUGUCGGCUCCACCGCCGCAGGCGGCGCUGCGACCGGAGGUAGCGGUAACGGUAGAGAUGAUCCCGCCGCCGGCUUGUCCUCCUGGGAGACUGCUGCUGCCGCCGACCACGACGGCGGCGAUGCCGCCACCAACGGUAGAGGGGGGGACGCGGGGGGGGCGAUUAGCGCCGGGGGUGACGAGCUGCGGCGGGACCUUGAGCUGGUGGUGCAGGGGCUGCUGCGGUUGGGGGAGAUGGAGAGGGUGCUCGGGAUCGUCCAGGAUAGGGUCUCGGAGGACCUCAAGUUGAUUAUUAGGACUGUAGUGGGAGACUUCCUCGCCACCACUGACGAUUCAGGAGAGCUGAUGGACACCUUCCACCUCUUCGGAGACGAGUCGGCAGCGACGGGAGCGGGAGCGGGCCCCGGCACCGCCGCCGGCGCCGGCGCCGGCGCCGGGAGUGGAAGUGGAGGAGGCGGUGGCGAGGACGGCGAGCAAGGCACGGCGGCCGCGGCCGGGGGGCAGUCGGUGGCGAAACUCAAGACUCUCGACGGGGAGGCCUUUUGCUCCUGCUUGGAAAUGUGCUUCGAGCAUAUGCUGUCGGUGUUGACCCGGGUGUCGCAAAUGCACGAGGCCUUGUCCUCAAUUGUUGAUGCCUGCCAAAGCUCCUCCUCCUCCUCCUCUUCACCGGACUAUUCGCGAAGUUCGGAGCGACGGCAGCAGCAGCAGCAGCAGCAAGAGGGAGAAGGGGGNGAGUGAGGAAGGGGCGGUCAUCGUGGAGAGGAGUCGAUCCUGCCUGAGGGCACUGAGCGAGCUCAUGGAGCGUAGCGUGUCCCAGCUGCUAAGCGUGCGGCGAGAGCACAACUGCACCAAGCUGGACGUGGAUGAGCUGAAGCACUUGUGGGAUACAACCGUCGCCUUCAUCCAGUCUGUGGAGCGGCUGAGCGGUUGCAACGGCUACAAGCUGAGGAGCACGUUGCUGUCCCAGGCCAAGGCGUUCGUCGAGGCUAGGCACGAGGCCAACAAGCAGACGCUCGUCAAGCGACUUGACGCCGAGAAGUGGACGCAGGCCGAUGUCACCCCCGAGCGCCAGGCGGUGCUUGACCGGUUGUCCAGCGGCCAAGUCUUCCGUCCCUCCGUGUCCACCACCAACGCAAACGGUACCGAUGGCAAGGAAGGGAGUGGUGCGGCCGGCGGCAACGGCUACGACAACGGGGGGUUGAGAUUGCCGGGGGACCCGCCGGCGCAACCUAACUU